GCAGUUUCUAUGACUACUACAAACACUAUAACUACACCUACAUCACCUGCGGUGUGAUCCUCAUCAUAGCCAGCGUCUUCCUCUUCGUGGGUAUGGGCAUCAACUAUCACCUGCUGGACAAGGAAAAGAAGGAAGAGGAGAAGAAGGAACGAGAGGAGCCCAAAGAGGAGCGUACUGCCAUGUUGGAUGCUCCGUCGCCACAGAAAUCCGACGCAGCAGCAGAUGACGAGUCUGCUGCCAUUACGCUGGACGACGUUGCCAAGAUGGAUGAGGACACGGUGUAAAGGGACAUGGAGGGUGAACAUGUGAGCAGCAGUUACAACCACACACCCUUUUGCAUAACCAUAAAGCCAUAGAAAGCAUUUUAGCCACACAAUUAGAGGUGUGGAGUUCAUGUUAGCUUCUUGUCACAGUUAGACCUCCUGGUUUUCUGUUGUUCCGUGCCUUUAGCCAGUUCAUGUACUGCAGGAGCCCGGGCACUGCUCAUGGGAACACCACACAACAGACUGACCGUAAGCUAACGAUCCUCAACUAACCAGGACUUUCUCUCAGGGUCUUGUGCUGCUGCUCUGAACCUCACACACUUUACAAAUCACCCGCACACAUUUGAACAACGUGUUGUUUUUUCUGUACCCUCAGAUAGUAAACUCUUCCCAUCAAGGGCUGUAGGCGAGCUAAACUAAACACCUGUGUUCAUGUUGUUGUAGUGACAUGAAUCUUUUGCUUUGAGUGUGAAGAACAUCAACAGCUUGUGUAAAGCCCAUUCAUGCUGGAGAACAUAAAACUAGCAUCAAAUGUUUUUAAUCUUUUCUACACAAUGAGCCUCUCUGAAGAAGAACAAAAAGGUGGGAAAUGACACUAAUGAAGGUAUCAUAGUGCACAGAUGUGAUGUCUAUACAUUUCAUUUUUGGUGGUAAACGCAGGUCAUUUAGUUCCUCAAUGGUCCAGACAGAGCAGAUCCUCCUGGAUUGUACCAGCAAAGAUGCUGCAGACAUGCCAGGAUUUAACAGCUCCCUGCAUUGUGACGAAAUCAUUCAUGUUGAAUGUUGGAGACGCAAUGAGGUUUUAUACAUUUCUGAAUUAGACCCAACUCACUUUUUAAUGACAAUCGUAUCUAUAAGAUAUUUUACUGAAUUAGAAUAGUUAAUUUUAGAGUGGAUGAGUGUCAGCAGAGCCACUGCAGUAUCCGUGCACUCUGAGCAGGGUCGUAUCAGAGCAGCAACGUUCAAACGGAUGAGAUGCCUGUUGGGAAGACGGUCCAGAUUGGAGGAAACCGAACUGGUGACAGGACCAUGUCUUCAUACUCGUUAAACAGGCGACAUUUGAGAACUCUAUUUGACAUAGUGGCUGAAGUGGAAAUGUCAAGGUUUUGUUCCAGUUGUGUGAGAGCUUUUUGUGAUUAAAUAUGACCAAAUGGUAGUUUUCAAACCAAUGAAGGUGGCAUCUCACUGGACUGCAACUCAGAGCUGUAAGAACAUUAGAUUUUCCAAAUGAAACUGCGUUCUUGGCCAUGCACAUUGUUUCGUUGUCCACAUAGGACCACCUGGGCUCUGCACCGCAGCCACCUCACGGUUAUCAUCCAUCUACAGUAUGUACAUGGGUUCAGGGUGUCCCAAUACAUUUUGAGAGCAAAUCUAUUGCACAAAUUUAAACUCGAGCAUCUGACUGAGCUCCUGCGACUCUAACGGGACGGAAGAAUUGUGGAGCCUCCCUCCUGGAUGUGGAGCCUCCCUCCUGGAUGUGGAGCCUCCCUCCUGGAUGUGGAGCCUCCCUCCUGGAUGUGGAGCCUCCCUCCUGGAUGUGGAGCCUCCCUCCAGCUGUGCAGUCCAGUGAGGUGCACCUUUGGUGUAAAAUGUUUAAAGGUUAGUGGAAACUGCAAGUAAAUUACUAAGGCACCUUUGGUACCAAUGGGAACGUUUUUUUUUUUAAUUAUUUGAAAUCUACUUUUUCUCUGAUUUGUCCACCUGUCCACAUACUUGAACAGAAACACCUGGGCAGAUGUGUAUUUCAAGGGAAAAGGGAUCGUUUGUCCACAUUCCCCUGCUCCAAACCCACAUGUUCAGUGACGGAACAAAAUUAUCUUUAAGAAAAGG